AUGGAGGUGACAGACGUGAUAGAGUUGAAAAUCUGUCUAGUCGACAAUGAAAUAAAGAUUGUCAAUGAACAAAUAGCGGCGUGCAGAGAUAAGGAGGUGCUAGCGUACUUGUGGGGCGAAAAGAAGCAGCUACGUGAGGAAAAAAAGCUGCUCUUGGAGCAGCAAAAAGAUGCGAAAAAGCUGCACUUGGAGAAGGAGCUCAUUAUGCUGCGCAACGCUGCGGCAACUGCUGUCCCGCCACCGGGUGCCAGCUUUGAUAAUGCUCCACAACCACCCACUCGGGGGCACUGUAGCAGUAGCUCACCUGGUGACACGACUGGCUUUGCGGAAGUGUGGAGUCCAGGGUUCUCGCUGAGGUGGGAAGAAGUCCCACCCAGCGACAAGCACCAGUAUACAUGA